UGAGUUGUUGGCAGCAGCCGCAGGGAGGCGCCCCAGCAGAGACAGCAGCUGCCGGAGAGAGACGAGAAAAGAGCCAGCGGCCCUUUGGCUGAGCUUAUCUGGAUUUUGGGCGAAAGAAGCUUCCGUUUCUAAAAUGACCAGAGGAAACCAACGUGAGCUUGCACGCCAGAAGAAUGCCAAAAAGCAAACUGAGACCCAUAAAGGGAAGCGUAACGAAGACGGUCUCUCUGCUGCAGCACGGAAACAGAGGGAUGCUGAAAUAAUGCAACAGAAGCAGAAAAAGGCAGACGAUGGAGGGAAAAGCAGCACAAAGUCCAAGUAAACGAAGAUGAAUUUAACUUUGGCGUUCAGAGAAAGUCCCGCGUUUCUUCCUGAUAAGAAUGGAUCCGCCAAGUUUUUGUCUAGACUCAAGAACCCCCCGGGAUCCGACAUUGUUCCCUGUGGCAAAUGGCAUUUAAUCCUUAUUUUUGUUUUUGGAUCUGUUGUUUUACAUGGUGAAACUGUCUGAGUUUGGGCUUCACCCACGUUGGUGCUGCAUGCAGAGAAGCACCAGUGGUCUGAGCGGGAGCAAGUUGGAAUAAAUCUGGAUGCAAAACAUGUAACAUUUGUGUAUUUUUGUACAAAAAGUGUCCCUUGCUGAUUUCAAAUAAACUGUAUCUUUUUAGUUGA